ACAGCCGAUGUGGUUUCUAUGGCAGCACUCCGGAAAUGAAGAUGCUGUGUUUGUGUGGAUGCGGGAGGCAGGUGCAGUCACAGAGCUAGAGUCACUCAGAAAUCAGUUAAUUAAUUAAGAAUUAAACAUGUCUAUUUCGACAUUUCAGAAGAUCACUAUAGUAUCAUGUGUGGUGUUGUGCGUCGCGCUUCUGCUGCCGAAAAUGCUUUUGUCGCGAGGAAAGAGAGACUCCGAAGGUCCCGCAGGCCAGUUUCCUCCCAUGCCACAAAGAGCCUCAGUGUCCGAGGAGCAGCGGCGGUCCGGCCGGCAGUUUUCCAGAGCUCAUAAUCCUGAAGCCAUUGCCCGGGCCAAAGGAGCCGGAGCCGGAGCCGGCACUGGAACCGGAGGAAAGUCCAACCUCGCGGGCCAGAUCAUUCCCAUCUACGGCUUCGGCAUCUUACUGUACAUCCUGUACAUCCUGUUCAAGAUCACGUCCAAGGGCAAAACAACCAAACCUCCAGAGAGCCGCUUCACUGCUGUCCGAUCAGAAAACACCCAGAGGAAGAUCACUGAUUUUGAGUUGGCUCAGCUGCAGGACAGACUGAACGAGACGAAGGAUGUGAUUGAGAGAAUCAUUUCAUCAGCCAGCGUCGGUACAGACAGUGUUGGAGCUGCGGUGGCUGUGGACGAGGAGCAGAAGUUGCUGCAGCAGCUGCAGGAGAUCACACGCGUCAUGCAGGAGGGGCGGCUCGUGGACUCAAUCCCAGCAAACACUGGAGACUCCUGCGGCCACCAGUGGGACGAUCCUCCUGACGACAGUCGUAAUGAGCAUUACUGCUGCGUUCAUUCACCUGACGUGAGCGCAAACGCACAGACGAGAGAGAGCGAUGAUCCUGAUCAAACCGCAGAGGAGCCCGGCCGUGACCCUGAGGAGGCGACAGAUGACAACCGAAACACUCCUGUGUGUGACUCCAUCAACCAAUCACAGCCAGAGACAGACGCCAACACAGGAAGUGACAUCACACCUGGCCCAGUGUCAGAACACAGCGCCAUCAGACGGAGGAACAAACAAUAAACUAUCAUAAAUGACGACAGCACAUCAUGUUAUUUCUUGUAUUGAGCACUGAAUGUCUGUAAAUCUCUGUCAGCGGCUGCUGUUUGUUAGACACACACUGAAGAGCAGCUGAGUCAACGUGUGGAUGCUCUUCACUGCUCCACACACUCAUUAAUAAUCAAUAACCUCUCUAUCGUACAGGAUCCUCAGUCUGAAUAUGCAAACAGAAACACAUGCAGCAGUUUAGCUGCCGGUUUCUAUUGACCCGUUGCAUUUAGCACAAAAAUAUUUUGCAUGUGUAUGUCUGAAAAAUUUCAUAGAACUCAAAUAUUAAUCUAUAUUUACAUCUAAUUCAUCACUUAGAGAAAUCAACCCUUAAUGUACAACAGGUCUGAAGGCAAUAAAAGGGUUUUACAGUUUUUGCAUUAGACACUUUAGUUUUAUUUAUGUGCUUCUCAUUUCAUCACUUGUUUAAUCAAUUUUAUAAUUGAUGCUUUUAUUUAUUCAUAUUCUCCUGUCAUACUUGCAUGAUUGCAUGAAUGUGUAUCAUUUACUGCUAUGAUAAUGUUAAUAAAACACACUCACAUCUGC